GCUUCGCAGUCUUCGCACUUCGCACCACUCACACGUUUUAAUUUGUGAUGGCUGCUCCGGUGAAAAAGCGUGAGAUCCGGCAGAAGUUGCCCGACGACGACGAGAAUGACGUCUCGUCCAGCAACGAGGACGAGGAGUAUGAGAUCCCGAACGAGCAGGGAAUAGAGUUGCAAGUGGAGUUUGAAGGUCGCAAUCCACAAGAUCCAGACUACCAUGGAAUUAAAACGUUGCUGCAACAACUUUUCCUCAAAGCGCACCUUGAUUUAGGCGGACUCACGGAUUUAAUAAUAUCACAAAAUUACGUAGGAUCUGUCAUUAAACAGUCAGAAGAAACAGAUGAAUCCGAAGAUGAGGAUAAUGACAUCAACGACGUAUUUGGUAUUACAACUGUUAUCAAUGUCUCCGAUAAGCAAAAAUCUUUUCAGAACGUUUUAUGUAUACAACAACUUAGAGAUCUAUUGAAGCAGUUGGCAGAUGAACAUGCAACUGACGCAGUUAAUACUUUGAUUAAAAAUGUAUUGGAAAAUGACUCGGCGCAAUUGGGUUUGCUUAUCAAUGAGAGAUUUGUCAACAUUCCCGCCAAGAUUUCAGUGCCACUUCUUGAAAAUCUAAUUUCCGAACUGAAACGUGCCACCAGCAAAAAUAUGCCAUUUAAUUUUUCCUAUUACAUACUUAUAUGUAAAUUAUAUAAGACCGAAGAUAAAAAAGCCGGGAAAAAGACGAAAAACAAGAAUAAAAACGCUGGCAAUGAGCCGGUAUCGAUAUUGUGGAGUAAUGCGGAAGAAGAAAUCUUUGCGGAAGAGGCAAUUGUUAGUUUCGAGUUUUCUGUCGAAGAAGAAGCAGACAGUGGUUUAUCCGGGACGUGGACUGAAACGGACGAUGAGAUGAUACCCUACAGACGAGUUCUACUUUUUGAAGCAUCUAAGCUGCAAUCCAUAUUUGAUAAAAUACAGAAUCAGUUUUCUUAAAUUUCAUAAUGAUGUUAAUAUUUCCUUAAACGAACGAGACGGCUGAGUCCCGUGCGAAACUUCCUAUUUAUGAACAGAAAACGUGCUUCUCAAAGAUAGUUUUUUAUAUAUCUGCAUACAACGUAAUGGUACGUUAUAUUAAGGUUUUAUAAUAUUACCUUUUACACAAUGCUUAUACUAUACACUAAUGUAGGAAUAUACUAUUUCUAAGAA